UGUAUAUAUUUGCACAUAUGAGAUAUUGGGAUAACAACAACAAGAAUAACAACAAUAAGAUUAAUAACUGAUGCAUGCAAAAUAACUGACCAAAUGUCUUGCGUAAUGGUGUGUGCAUGUUUUUAGUGUGUGUGUGGUGUGUGUAGACCUAAUAUUGCAUAUAAGAAUAAGUUUAUUAUUUUAAUGUUUAACCCUGAACACGAUGCAGUUCUCUUUAAAAAAAAAAAAAGUGUUUCAAAAGCUGCCUUGUCAGUCAGUGGGGACUGAAGAGAGAAAGUUUUAUUGCUGUCAUCGCUUUUCUUUUUUUUAAAUAGGCUUCUGCUAACACACACACACACACACACACACACACACACACACACACACACACACACACACACACACACACACACACACACACACACACACACACACACACACACACACACACUGUGUAUUCCUAUCCUUGUGGGGACAUACCAUUGACUCCCAUUCAUAUCUAACCCCUAACCCUUACCCUAACCCUAACCUUAAACCAGACCAAAACAAUUCCUAACCCUAAAGAAACGUUUUUGCACUUUUACUUUUUUCAGUAACAACAACAUGGUCAAGAAAACACUGUUUCCCCUCAUGGGGACCCAAAUGAGGUCCCCACAAAUGACAUUUCCUUUGGUUUUCCUAUGGUUGUGAGGACAUUAGGUCCCCACAACCCCUACAAUUACCCGCCCACACACACACACACACACACACACACACACACACACACACACACACACACACACACACACAGACCAUGUGAUGUGAUGUCCCCUGUUCCUGUUACAGAGGGAGGGAGGGAGGCAGCAGUUGAAUGUAAACUGAUGGAGGGAAGCGGCCAACAUCACGGGCAGAGACUCUGUCAGUCAGCUGCUGCAAUUUUCCAAUAUGUGCAAUUUCUUUUCUCCAGCGUGGAUUGUAACUCCGGCAGACCUCGGCCUCUAAUGGGGAGCAGCCGCAUUAACUAGUGGGCACACUUCCAUUAACUGUUUUUUCUUUGCCGCCGGCCAGGUCAGCGAGCUGCGCACACACUGUGGGUUUAUCCAGCGACUCCCGGCAGGAAGAGGGGCUGCAGAGCGACUAUUUAGUGCCCUAAAGUGGCCCUUUUUUCCUCUCCUGUUCUGAUAGAGAGACACCGGAUGACGUGAACAGGUGACCUGAAAGCUGAGUGCUAUCUUUCUCUUUAAAAGCCUGGAGGAAGUCUGAGAGAGCAGAAGAGGGUAAGGACUGCAAGGAUUCAAUUUCUGCUCAAAAUUCAGCUGCACUUUGUUGAGCUCGACUACCUGCAACACUAUUACUUUUAUUAUUACUAUUACUACUACUACUACUACUAUUACUACUACUACUACCAUUACUAUUACUCUACAGCUUCAUAGAUCCUCCACCGCUGAUAUUUUCUUUUAAAUAGAUGAAGCCACCAAGAGAUACUUGACAAAGUGCGGUAGCAUGGCUGCAACAGUGUUAAUUAGUGUGGACUGUAAUGCUGUUUGCAGCCGGUGGGUUCAGCCACAAAACAACAGCCGCUGCCAGGCUGAGGGUUAACUAGUCGCAAACGCUGCCUCAUCAGAUGACUCUGUCCUGACUCACAUAGGAGUCAGGGGCUGCAGGCCACAGUAAUGGGCAACUCCUCCAGGAAGGAAGAAGAGGAAGAAGGAGGAGGAGGAGAAGAGGAGGCAGCGAAGGAUGGAGAGGAAGAAGAGAUCACAGAGAAGAAGAAAGAAGAGGAGGUGGAGGAGGAACUUCCAUUAGGAGUGGAGGAGCUGUUGGAGAGCGGAGAUCCCGUGCUGGACUUGAGCUACCGUAAGUUCAAGCGUCUUCCGUCGCGUGUUUGUGGACUGCUGCACCUGGAGAAGCUUUAUGUUUGUGGGAACAGCCUGCGCACGCUGCCGGACAGCAUCACCCAGCUGCAGGGUCUAAAGAUACUCGCCCUGGACUUCAACAAGAUGGAAGAUGUUCCGCCGGCCGUUUGUCAGCUCACCAACCUCACCCGCCUCUACCUGGGCAGCAACCGGCUCAUGAGCCUCCCCCCGGAGCUGACAAACCUGCAGAGCCUGCGCUGCCUGUGGGUGGAGAGCAACUACUUCCAGAGGUUUCCCCGCGAACUCUAUGACCUGCCCAAUCUGAAGUCUCUGCAGAUCGGGGACAACCGGCUGAAGACGCUGCCUCCAGACCUCUGGCGCAUGGAGGCUCUGAGGGGAUUAUGGCUCUACGGGAACCGCUUUGAGACCUUCCCCAAAGUCCUGCUGCGCAUGGAGUUUUUGGAGAUCUUAGACAUGGAUCGCAACAAGAUAUCAGAGUUUCCCAGCCUGAAGCGCCUCAAAGCCCUGCGCCUUUUCUCCUACGACCACAACCCAGUGAAAGAGCCUCCUAAAGUGGGCGAGGAGGUGCUUCUGGUCGGGGAAGGGGCUGCAGAGUUUUUGGAGGAGCGCGAGGCCAGGAAGGAGAGACGCCGAAAGGCUGCAGAGAGAGAGGCAGAGGAGCUGGCGAUGGCCGGAGAGGAGCCGGUGAUUCACGGCAUCCUGAAGAACAGCAGCUCCAACUCAAAGCAGGCAACAAGUGAAGCUGCAGUGACCAUAGAGGGAACAGAUGAUAUAGAGGGAGAGAACCCAGGGAGGGAGGAUGAGGGAGGGUGCAUGGAAUACGGCGGAGCUGAGCUGGAAUAUAAUGAAGACGGGGUGGAAUAUGAGACAGAAGAGCUGAUAUGUGAGGGAGAAGGGUUUGAGUACGAGGGAGAGGAGCUGGAGUACGAGAGGGCUCAGAUGGACUAUGAGUAUGAGGACAGGGAGGAGCUGGAGGACAUGGGGAGACUAGAUGAAGGGGCGUGAAAAAAAAGCCUCAAACAUCCAGAUGAUCUGCAGACAGGUGGAUGAAAAUCCAAAAGAAACACUUCUGAGAGAGACUAACAGAGAGAGUGUGAGAUUUUCUUAGCUGUGCUGCUAAUUUAUGACCUGUUAAACUGUGAAAAUAAAUGAGCCGGGCAUUAUGUUUCUAUAAACUGUGACAUCUCACAAAUGACCAGAACAGAGCAGGACUCAGGUGGAGAGUGUGUGUGUGUGUGUGUUUACAGUGUGUAUGGUCCUUUUUCCAUCAUUAAAUAUUAACUGGGUUGAUAAAGUCAGCA